AUGCAUUGGACGGAGGAUGAGGAUGAUAAUGGGGGUGAAAAGGAAGAAGGAGUUGUAGGCAGUCAUGAGGAACAUACUACUCAAGACAUCGCUAAUGAAGAGGAAAAGAGUGAGAAUGAGGGAGAUUCUGGUGAAGAGAAGGAGAGUGAGACAAAAGAUAGGAUAGGUAAACAAGUGGAUGAUUCUGUAGAAGAAAAAAAGAAUAGUGAAGAAGAGGGUAAUUCUGAGAGUGAAGGUGAGGAUCAAGAAAAGACAAGUGAGAGUGAAGGAGUGGAUGAAGAAAGAGAGGAAGAGAAUGAAAAUAUGAGUGAGGAAUCUGAAGGCUCUAUGACCAUUAGGAACACUGUCAUAGCCCCUUUAAAAGAAGCAAGUGGACAGAAAAGGACUGAAGAACCUGGGCCCUUAUUAACUCCUUUCACUGGAGAUGAGGAGGACAGCAAUGAUGAAGAUGACUUGCCCUUGUCUGAGGUAGGGAAGAAACCUAGGAAGACUCAUGUGAAAGCAACAAAAUCUGCAGUUCCAACAAGAAAAGAAGUGGCUCCUCCUGUCAGGACUCCUCUUACACUAGGUUCCAAGAAGCCAAGGAAGCAAGUUUCAGUUGUGGAACUUGUGGUUGAGUUGGAUGGAGAAGAUGAGUCUGAGUCUACUUUUUCAGAAAAGUCCUCUGCACAAAAGAGAAAGGUUGCCAAACCUACAAAAACUGCUACCCCAUCUGCAAGGGUCAGUAGAGGAAAGAAGAGAAAGAAUGUACCAACUGUGGUUGAUAGACUCACAGAGUUCAUGAACAAAAAAAUUACUCAAUGGGAAGAUUCUUGCAAACACUAA